UCUCUAGUGCCGCGUCAACUGCCGCUGGAGAGUCGUGCGCGUCGCACCCUGUCGUCUCCGACGACCCCUGUUCUUCGCGAGACACCGUUCGCGAGAUCACGUUUCCCUUGUUCGAUCCCGUGCCGAUGCGAAAUCCUCCUGGAGGAUUGUAGUGAGUCGACGGGCCGGAUGUCGCCGGCCCCUGCGGAGCGAUGCUAGCGGAGUCCGCGCGACGAACGCGUGCCGAGCGAGUCCCGCACGCCGGAACCGUGUAGCAGAGCAACAACGUGCGACCGAAACGGAAAGAAAAUCAGUGCAGGGUGCGUCUCGUUCCACCUUUGGUUCCGUUCCGAUGGUCCCCGUGGGGCUCUGUUCGGUGUGAUUUGAGUGUGUGCAAAGAGCCCUGUGAUAGUAGCCCACCCGUGUUAGCAGCCGGGCCCUCGUACCAGCUCGCGAUCCCGGAAAAGGGCCAAUUCGUGGAAGUGCGUCGACUAUGAAUUGGUGCAAAGUGCAGGCUGUCGCGACCGUAGAGGAGACGUCGUCCGGCUGGAAAAGUAUGCUUUUAUCGGACGUCGGAGCAUGAGGGACGCCGCAUCCUCGACGUAAUGAUGCAGAGAGCGGUGCUACUGCUCUGUUGGCUGCCGCUCCUCAACCACUGCCACGCCGUACAUCCAGGUUGCUCAUGCGUUGUCUACAGCAGCUCGGACAGACCUCAAGGUGGCACAUUUACAUCCCCUUACUACCCCAAACGAUAUCCGUCGAACAUCGAUUGUCUGCUUUACACGUUCGUCGGCCAACCUGACGAAAUCGUCGAGCUGUCAUUCCAUCACUUUCACAUUCAUCGUGCCCGACCCGAUUGCAUGGGUGGUGAUUUUCUAAAGGUGUUUCUACAUUUGGAGACCAACGGUGUUUCCGAGUACACUCCUUGGUCUGGUGUACUUUGCGGCGAACUGCGCGACAUUCCGCAAAUAUUGUACAGUUCAAGAUCUACGCUUAUUUUGGAACUGCACACACAGGGACCUCCGUCGAAUGCAACCGGCUUUUUUGGAAAUUUCCGGUUCAUCGACAGACGAUUGUUCGAGACGGACGGCGUGCUGAUUCCUGGCACGAUGUGCGACCUCGAGUUUGUCAGUUCACAGUCAACGCCGCAGUACGGACGAUUCUACUCGCCACGGUACCCGUCCUCUUACCCAAAGAACAUCCGGUGCUCGUACCUCUUCCGGGCAAGAAUGAAGGAGAGGAUUCGACUAGUUUUCGAGGAAAUCUUUCUACAAAAAGGAGAUUUGAGUUGCCUGAAUAGAGCGGAUUUAAUCAGAGUGCACGACGGAACGGAUACAGGGGCGCCCACAAUAGCUGUACUCUGCAACCAAGGAGCGGAAGUAGAAGUACUCAGCACGGGGCCAGAUCUGUACGUCGAGUUCGUCGCUAAUUCAGAGUGGCCUGGCCAGGGAUUCAAGGCGAUGUUCCAAUUCCAGCCGUUGGACGAUGCACCGAAUCCUGAGCUGGACAAGGUCAUCCCAGGGGCCGUUACCGGUAACCCCAAGUACUCGGUCAUCGGACCAGCUGUCAGCGCUACCACGUCACUGUGCGACGUGGUCUUCAAUAGUGACUCGACGAAAACCGGGGUGGUCACGUCGCCGGGAUAUCCGAACCCUUAUCCACAGAGAACGCACUGUACAUACGACUUCAAGGGACGCGGCAAGGAACGGGUCCAAGUGAUUUUCCAGGAUUUAAAUUUGUUUCAUACGUCCAGCACACCGAACGAGUGCGAAGGUGUGGACUCGUUAGUGGCAUACGUACACAUAGACGGCAAGAAGGAGAAAAUAGAUUCGUUCUGCGGUGAAAUGCCACCACGACCUAUCAUGAGCAACGGACCACAACUUUCCUUGGAAUUCCACGGCAUCACGUCGUCCCGCCAUUUUCGGGGUUUCAAAGCGAUGUAUAGUUUCAUCGAGAACUUCGGCAUAACUACGGGCCGGCAGGAGGCGCAAUAUCCCUGUGCCUUUGUUUAUUACAGCAACGAGACAAGGAACGGGACGUUCGCGUCACCAAACUAUCCCGGACUAUACCCGCGUAACACCGAAUGCCACUAUUUCUUUACUGGCCAGCCAAAUGAACGAGUCCAUCUUCACUUCCACUUCUUCGACAUCGAGGGACUGAUGCCAUGCGCCUCACUGACGGCGAGCGACUUCGUCGAAUUUUCAAAUUACCUGUCCAGGGACAGGAAGUACCCGAGGCAUUGUGGUCAGCUGAAGGAGUUCGACGUAGCAAGCGACAGGAAGUUCUUUCGUGUGACUUUUAAAAGUAAUGACAGAUACGACGGAACAGGAUUUAACGCCAGCUACGUGUUUGUGGACGAAGAAGGGAAUUAUACAACAAAGCCACCAACGAGUAACGCGUCAACGUUAAAAGGUAAAACGGAAUUCCCUUUGGCCACGAUUUUCUCGAAUUUUUACGUCCUCUCGGCUUUUUACCGUCCUUCAGUUAAUGUCUUUGUACAGCGAAAUUAA